GACUUUGCUUUCCCGUUGCAGGAAACAACCUGACUCUGCAUAUUUGAGCCGGUCGGGGGGGUUUUAUGUUGGGCAAGGACUUUUUUUGGGAACAUUCUGUCUCUGGCCUGCCAGUAACUAAUCCCUGGCCACCAGCAGGGAGAGGCUGCCCAGCUCUGUGCUGGCUGAGCAGGAGGGCUGGUGGCUGUGCCUUGCUCGGUGGAUGUGAAGUUGGAGAUCCUGGGGGAUCACCGCUUGCCGGCAAGUCUCACCCGCCUUUUUGGGACCUGGAGGUGCUGUCGAUGGCAACGAUGACGAUGCAGCUGGGUGGACUGAUGCUGGCUGUGCUGGGCUGGCUGGGCUCCAUUCUCACCUGCGCGCUGCCCAUGUGGAAGGUGACAGCCUUCAUUGGCUCCAACAUCGUGGUGGCCCAGGUCUUCUGGGAAGGGCUGUGGAUGAACUGCGUGUAUGAAAGCACAGGGCAGAUGCAGUGCAAGGUCUACGACUCCCUGCUGGAGCUCACCUCCGACCUGCAAGCGGCUCGCGCCUUGGUGGUCACCUCCAUCUUCGUGGCCUUCUUUGCCUUCCUCACUGCUAUCUCGGGUGCGGAUUGUACCCGCUGCGUGGAUGACAAGAGCACCAAGACCAGGAUCUCCAUCGUGGCAGGUGUCAUCUUCAUCCUGGCCAGCAUCAUGCUGCUUGUCCCUGUCUCCUGGUCUGCUAACAGCAUCGUCAGCAACUUCUACAACCCCAUGGUGCCUGAGGCCCUCAAGAGAGAGCUGGGGGCUGCCCUCUACAUCGGCUGGGCCUCCAGUGCCCUCCAGCUUUUUGGUGGGGGCAUCCUGUGCUGCUCGGGACCCCCAUCCCAGCAGGAUCCCUAUGUCAAGAAUUACAAAGCGGUGAAAACCUGCAGCCCGAUGAGCUACCCCAUGAAAGACUAUGUGUGAGCCACCACACCCAGGUGCCAGCCCAAGGGAGAGCAUCACCAUCCCCAUCCUGCCUCCACGUGCCACCCCCCUGCCCUCACCCUGCCUCCUCCUGCCUCUCCUCACACUGGCUGCACCCCCAGCACAGUCCUCCCACAUGUGCCCUUCCCCGGCAUGCUGGGGCUGCGCUCGCGAUGGACUAUAAACAUCUUGG